AUAGAGAAAGUGCUGUCACUGCAAGAAGAAGAGUUGAAAUUCUUGGAUAACGUCCGCAACUGUAUAAACAUACGGAUCCGAUGCGAUCGCGAUUACGCCUCGUCUUUGCUUAUGGUCGCCGUUUGCGGACAGAAGUGUCAUUUCAAUGACAACAUCGGCAACACUAAUAUCGGGACCGUUUGGCGAACCAUUGCCGAUGAGACACACGAGUUGAGCAAAUUGAUGGCCAAUAGUGCCGAUGAGUUGACACACGAAGUGCUGGAACUCAUCGAUGAAUUAGUGUCCGAGAAGAAGGCUCUGAGGAAGUCAUUAAUUGACGAAUACAAUAGAUAUUGCAGUCAAUUAGAUAACUCGUGUCAAAGGAUUCAAUCGGAAUACGAGAAAUGUUUGACGAAUUACAAGAGCACUAAAACUAAAUACGAAGACAUUUGGCUUCGUUUGCCUAAAAAGACUGAACACAACGCAAACAUCAAUUCAAAGAUUGAAAAACAAUUCAUUGAUAUUAAGAGAAAAUAUGAGAAAUUAUGCCAAAGACUGCAUGUUUUGCACAACGAUUACUGUUUGGUCACAACAGAAGCCAAACAAUACGAAAACGAUUUUAGAUUACUAUUAAUUCCGGCACUUAUUUCAUACCACGAAUCCAUUCUUAUGGACUCAGAUAUAACACAAGAAAAUUCCAAUAUCUACGGGAAUCUGAAGGGAAAGUUGACAAAACCGAUGCCACCGCACGUCGCCAUUGGAUUCAAUGAUAAACUGCUCGACGAUUUUGUUGGCGCUCUUAAGCCAAACCAAUUAAUUAUUGAUACAGAAAGUGAAUUACAACACAAACUAACAAUAAGUCAGUUAGAAAUCCGAGACAAACGUAAUCUUCAGAAACAAUACGAACAGGAAAUGAGAACUCUAUUGCCGUUGAGUGAAGACAACGAGAACGCAAAGAUGGGCAUUAAAAUCAGAAAGAGAGCCAUCGAUAUCGUUAAGAAGGAUCUGCUAUUCAUUGAAACCCAACACGAGAGGACACACCAAUUGUGGGAAAGGGUUGACGUCUCUCUCACUAAGAUAUCGGGCCUUCAAGUGCCCAAUGGUCUCGAACUCAAUCUCACGACACCUCAUAAGACCAAUAGUAAUACAACAGUUCAGGCAAUAGUAAAUUCAAUGGAAAACAGAUCAAUGACUAGCGUAUCGACCACUCAGGACACCACAAAGUCGUACUCAUCCCUGUCUAACACCAUGUCUUGGGGCCGCACUUUCUUGACGAGACUCAAGAGGCAAAAGAUGUCGGGUUCGGUGUCGACGCUGACAAGUGUGCCCUCGACUACCAUUUCUCACAAUUUGGCCCAAAGACGAGAAAAGGAUGAGACGAUUGAAUUGUGUGACGAGGAAUGGUUUCACGGAAGUCUUCCCAGAAGUGAAAGCAAUAAAUUACUCUUAAAAAUGGGAGACUUUAUGGUUAGGGAGAGUCUGAAUAAUGGACAGCCCUGUUAUGUGGUGUCCGUAUUAUGGAAUGGAUUUCGGCACUUCAUUAUUAGCACCGAUUCUCAGAUGUAUAUCAAUAUA